AGCGUUAUCAACUAUCAAUGAUUUUCUGAAAAUCAAAAUUGGAGUAUGACCUUUUUAAAAAAAAGAAAGUUCGUUAGCUUUAAGUAGUUGAUAUUUAUUUUAUUAAUUAUCUUGCAGAUAUUUAUGGAUAAAGGUUUACACAGAUAAUAAUCGACAAAUGGAAUCGACAAUAAAGGAUGACAGUAGUAAAGAGGGUCAUAACGCUGGUUCUACUGCUGAUGAACACGCUAAUGUACAUUUAUAUCCACGUCUGGAUGGAACAGGACCCCUCGGGCCACCAGACAUGACGGGCUUAAAUGGACGAAUGCCCAUGCAAAGCCAUGUUCCACCGCCUGGAGGUCCUAGAUUUAUGUACCCACCUGUACCUCAAAAUGUGUGGUACCCACAAAUGCAACCACACAACAUGUAUGCGAACUACCCAGAAAACACGCCGUAUUUAGGGCCACCUCGGCCACCAGGACCGGUUGGACAAUUUCCGAUGCAAUAUUUCAAUCCAAUGCCCUAUCCACUGAAUUAUCCUACAUCGAAUGCUCCGUUAGCAGUUCCUUCUGAAUUUAAACCACAUACAAAGCCGAAACCCGAUGAUAAGAAUGCCCAUGCGGAUAAGAAGCAAACCAGGCUGAAUAAAAAAGCUGUAAUCAAUGAACCGUUUGAGGAAGAAAAAGCUGAUGGAUCCGACCCUUCUGCACAGCUUUUACUACGUUGUGUACCUAAAGAGGUUAGCCGAGACGUAUUGGAAUUGUUUCUUGAAAACAAGAAUAGAUCAGGUGGAGGGAGCGUGAAAGAACUGACCUUAAAUAAGCGAUCGGGUGUUGCCUACGUUACGUUUGAGGAUUUCAGAGAUGCAGAGAACGUUUUGCGAAAGGCAAAACAGAGUGGAACACUUUACCUUCCAACUUCAAAAUGUGACUUGGAAGUCAUCAGAUUUGAGGAGACACAACAUGCACAUUACUUCAACGAAAUACCACACACCAGUGUCUUUGUCAAAAAUAUUGCAGUUGAUUCUUCCGACGAAACUCUCAAGAAUUAUUUCGAAGUCCGUUGCAAAGCUAAACCUACUGAUGUCAUCCGAAGCCUUUCAAGAAAAACUGCUUUGUUUGAAUUUGAAGACACUAUAGACAUUUCUUCGAUGACAAGGGCAUUUGGGCACAACCGACUUGAAGGAAAUAUCUUGGAUAUGAUAGAAGUUCAGGAAACACGUCAGGUGAAAGUUACGGGCGUGAAGGCUGGAACGUCACCACAAGUACUGGAACUCUACUUUGAUAACCAUGCACGGAGUAAAGGCGGAGAAGUACAGACCAUUGAAAAAGUCGACAAAGACAAUUCGUUUAUUGUGACAUUCGUGCAUCCAGAAGAUGCAAGACAAGUUGUACAUGCCCAACACAUUCUUGAUGGCCUAAAACUGUCUGCUAACUUGUACAAUGCCCUGCUUGAUACGGACCCGGACUCGGUCGUGACUAUUCCUGAGGUCGUUGAUGUCAGUGGAAUAGACCAAAACAUCGUUAGGUUUCUCCAGAAUUCAAAAGAGUACCGCAAUAAGGUAGAGAAUUGCGUAAAAGACGCAUUUGGACAAUUAAUCUGGACAAAUGAUGAUGGCGGCAUAAGGCUACAGGUUUCUUGUGACGUUAAACCAAAUGACUCAGAUGCAUUAAGAAAGAUUACGUUUUGGAAGGAGAACCAUACAAAGUGUUUCGACUGGGUUAGGAAAGAGGUCAUAGCGAUAGAAAUUAAUGAUGCGUUUAAAGAGAUCCUUGCUGGUGUGAAAAUGGACAUGGAAGGCAUAGUUGUGAAGAAUCCUGAUCGUAUUGUAACAUUCGUCAAGAAGGGAGGUCUCAGUAUCUUAGUUAUCGGAGAAAGACAAGAAGGAGAACUAUUGGCAAAAACCAUUAAGCAGAUCAUUUUAAAGCGUAAGCAGGACUAUGAAAAACGCACAAAGCGUGUAUCGGAGAGCAUUCCAUUGAAAUGGUUUGAACGUAUUAUUUUUAGGGACAAACGAGUGUCAAAACUUCUUGGAACAACCGAUGUUGAAAUCAUACAUGGAGAAUUGUCAAACGGAAUAACAUUUUCUGGGACUCACGAAGACGUUCAGAAAGCACUGGUGAAAGUGAGCGAGGCGAAGCAUCGCAUAAGAAAAAACAACAUUCAAGGAUUGAGUGAGCAAUGCUUAGAACUUCUCGGAUCAGUCGAAAUGCAAGAGAUAAUCAGACAACGUCUGUCACAGAAGGACAUUUUGGCGGUAUGCAGUAGAGACAGUCGGGAAAUAUUUACAUUCGAGCUUACGUCCGGUGACGCUGACCAUGCUGUUAAAGUUGUAAAAAGAUGCGUUACAGAAUUUUCUCUGGAUCUGACCGAUGAGCAAAUCCAAUGUUUGGAGACUGAUGAAGGUGCUCACUUCAUCAAACAGAUUAUGGGUGAACACCAAGGAUUAUUGACUGUUGUUAUUUUACGCACUGGACGUGUUCAAGUGACUUGUCUGUUCUCGUUAUGCAGAGAUAUUGAAAAUGAGGUUGAAACGUUUGUUGAAUCAAAUGCUCGGUACGAAUUGUUUAUUCGUGUACGCCCUGAAGUUUUUAGGUGUAUCAACAUGCAUGCACGAUAUGCUCUAACAUCAGCCGAAAAAGAGCACGACGUUACAAUAACAAAAAUCAAGGAAAAGGGAAACGAUGGCUAUAUGGUAGCUGGCAAAAAGACCUCAGCGCAAAAAGGGGUAAAGAAAGUUGAAGAAGUAUGCAAACAUGUUAUCAAACAUGAAGUUUCCGUUGAAUGGCCUGGAUUUGAUAAAUACUUACAAAGCCAAAACGGGAAGUAUGAUUUAUCACAAGUUGAACAAGACGAAAAGUGUUUGAUUGUUUUCCCUCAUCAGCAAGAAGAAAGGCAGCGAGAUAUUUAUGAUAGAACUGACAAGCCAAGCAUCGGAAUAAAAAUUGUUGCAGAAGGUUCAAUAGUCUAUCAGAAGGUUGAUGUCAUUGUCAACGCCACAAACCAGAAACUUGAUAUGUCAGUUGGAGUCGUCUCUCAGCAGCUACUGAAAGUUGCUGGUGCAGAACUUCAAACCGAAUGCACACGUAAAUAUCCAAACGGAAUUAAAUUUGGAAAGGUUGCAAAAACUACUUCUGGAAAGAUGAAACACUGCAAAGCUAUCAUUCAUGGGACAUUGCCGCGCUGGACAACUGACAAUGCACAGAAGGUGCUGGAAAAUCUGAUGACGGAAUGUCUGAAGACUGCAGACCAAGAUGGGUACACAACAAUAGCCUUUCCGGCCCUGGGAACCGGCAGAUGUGAGUACCCCAGCGACGUCGUGGCGGACACCCUAAUAAAAAGUGUGAUGGAAUACGAAAAUGAUCAUCCUGAUACGAAUAUUAGAUGUGUCAGUUUCGUUAUUUGGUCAAAGGAUGUUGAGACAAUAAAGGCAUUUACCAAAACCAAGGAAGAAAUGUCAAAGCGUCAAAAACAAAAAGACAGACGAAGAACAGAACCUGACUCUCGCCGAAAAACGCAAACAACAGCUUUGACAGUUUACACAAAUAAACCACAGAACAUAAGACGUAUUGAAUCGCGCAUAAAAGAAUUUAGAAAAGAAGACGAAAUAUUUCCGCCUGCGUCGCUGUUAGAACAACUUACUGAUGAUCGGAUGGAAGUUGUGAAGAAAAUUGCAAGAGAAAACAAAACCAAACUUGUUAAAACUGAUAAAAGUUUGAAAAUGAUUGGUUAUGGAAACUCAGUCAAACUAACAAAAACAAAGGUAGAAUCAUACAUGGACAACGUUGAAAAGGACCUGAAACUAACCUUGCAGAGCUUGCAAAGCUUGAAAGCAAAGGGAGCAGUGCCGUUUCCAGCGUCAUGGUCGAAGACAGAUAUAACCGACCCAUUAAAAAUAGUUAACCUUGCGCCUACUGAUCCUGAUUACGUGACAGUGUCGGCGAAGUUUCUGGCAGAAGCAGGGCUUUCGCCAGCAAAUAUUGUAAAGAUUGAGAGGAUACAGAAUCCAGCCCUUUAUGGACAAUACUUCGCAAAGAAGAAGCAUAUGGAGAGUGCCGGAGGUGUUUCAAACGAGAAGAUGCUUUGGCAUGGGACUCGUACUCCUGAGGUGGCGGCAAUUAUAAACAAAAAGGGGUUCGACAGAAACUACAACAGUGGUGCACUCAUUGGAGCAGGAGUUUAUUUUGCCGUCAACGCCAAUAUGUCAGCCAGUGGCUAUUGCAGUCCAGACAAGAUGGGUCAGAAGUAUAUAUUCCACGCCAGUGUUCUUACGGGCGAUUCCGGUCGUGGAAGCGGUGGAAUUCGUGUUCCUCCGCCUAAAGUCCCAGGAAACCCACUCAUCACGUUUGACUCGACUUGCGACAACGUCGCUAAUCCAAGCAUGUUCGCUGUUUUCCAUGAUGCACAGGCGUAUCCAUCCUUCAUGAUUACGUUCAAAUAAUACUACAAAUUUAAUAUUGAAGCGGUAAAACUUACAUUUAUUGACAAAAUUGGAACAGAACACCUGUCAAUAAAAGAAAAUGUUAAAAAUGCACCAAACUAGCUGACGAAUUUCAUUUUUAUUUAGAUAUUUUGUUUUUGACACUGAGCGAAACAUAUUAUUAAACCAUAUAUUUACAGACUUCCAACUAUGUACAAACUGGAGAAAUUGUUUAAUAUUAAUUUGAAUAUUUUUUUUACAUCUGUGUAAAUGGAAGAUUAUGAUUCAUCAACAGACAUCUUUCAAGAUUUUCUCUGACGUAUCGUAUUAUAAGUUACGUUCCCUUUGUAUUUAAACAAGGACGUCGAAUGAUGGUGAAAAAUUGUUUUAUAUCACUCAUAAAUAUUAUUAAUAUAAUAUUAAGUUUAUGUUUAAAUACCAUCAAAUGUUAAUAUCAUAUAUUAAUUUAACUUAUUUGAGUCUCUUUUAUGCAUUUAUGUAUCAUGUACCUCAAAAAUUUCAUGAAGUACAAAGUUGAGAGAACAAACGUUGUCUUGACUAAAUCGUUGACCAUUAUUAAUAGGCAAAAUCUGAUAUUGCUCUUUAAAGCCUUUGUAUUAAACUAAACCUUAACUGAUGGAUAGUGAUGGUUUGUGCUUAAAGUAUGAUGUCAGUGUAAUGUACUGUGUAGGAUGUAUUUUAUUUAUUUUGCCAAGCCUUGUUAUAGUAAUAAUAAUAAUCAUUAUUAUAAUAAUAAUAAUAAAAAAUACUUCUACUACUACUACUACUACUACUACUACUACUACUACUACUACUACUACUAAUAAUAAUAAUAAUAAUGAUAAUAUACAAAAACAGUGAACAUUUAAUUACCGAUGGCCUAGAUUUUGCAUCGCAUCAGUAAUUAUACAAUAGUCCACUUUCGUUAAUUUUACAAGUUUGUAUUUCAAGAGGCGCUAGCCGAGUACUAAUGACUUUCUCAUUAUAUCCCUUUCUGGUUUGUUUCACUUAAAAGACAGGUUAUGACAUACUGAAUGGGAUGUUGAUGACGCACUGUUUUGCUAUUCGAUGUUAUUUUAAAAUCGCUCUUACGGCAGAGUAAAUGCGGCCGUAUUGUAUUGGUAUAUAUAGUUAUAUAUAAACAUAUAGGUGGUAUACAGACAAGUGUAUUUUGCGAAGUGUAUUGCUUGUAGAUGUAUGAUGAGCAUAUGAAAAAUCAAAAUCGCUAUGAAUAAUAAAUAUGCUUAUCGGUU